AUGAAUGUUCUAUGUGUAACGUACGUGGUCUUCCUGUUAUCCUCAGUUUUGAAUGCGAAAAAAGUGUCUAAGUCUGGUACUUCAAAUGUUGGUCGGAAAAGAUUGAAGAUAUUCAGUAAAAUCCAAAAAAGUCUAAGCGAAGAAUCCUUGAACAAAGCUGCAACAGGUUGCAGGCAAUGUACCCACGUGUAUACAAGCAGCGUUCCUUCACUUUUGCAAGACAUCGUAUCAUCUUUACAAAACCCUCAAUGUGCCAGCAGAGGAGGGGGCGAACUAUUUCAUUGUCCCAAAAAUCCAGCUUCUGGAAAGUUGUACCGGUGUAUAACCUACGAGGGUAACUUAACCCUUCAACUGGGCGUCAAUGGUCGGAGCUUCCCAGCCAGUGCUCAUGUUGUCGAGAGGGAUUGUGAGCUGUUUGAAACAGAAAUUCCACUCAAUUGCAAGAAAGAACAAGAGGUUGAUCUUGGUGAACCAAAAAAGGAAAAUAUUAGAAACAUUUUAUUAAGAAAUGUGACUGUUACAUCUGCUAAAUACACCGGUACAACAUGCCUGCAAGCUCAAAGCGGACAACCAAGGUCUGCUGAAAGGAAUCUGAGCAUUUUCAGUUUUGCUCUAACCAUAAUGAUGCUAUCACUUCAGAAUAUGUUUGAAGGAAUUUAUUUAGUUGUUUUUCUGUAGCUUUUUCUGCAUUUGAAAGGUAGACUUAAUGGAAAUAGAAAUAAGUGAAUUAUACUUUUUGCUAAUUCUUGCGAGUUGUUCCUAUGAAAUCCAUAUAUACAUGUAUCUAUCUUUAAAUCAUUAACUGUUAGGUCUCCAUUGCUAACCCCUUAUCUUUUGCAUGUUAACAAGUAUUUAUGUACGAUUUGUACGAUUUAGUUGUUGGUUUAAUGUGUUUGUUCUCCAUUGUUUUUAUUACUUGUAUCUAGAUUCCUAGAUUUUGUUUUUUUUUUUUAAGCUUUUAUUUAAUGUUUCUUCUACCUGCCGUUCAUUCUGACAUGUUCAAAGCAUAACCGCAAUUAUAUGUGUCAAACAAUUUUUGAUAACAAUGUCCUCUGAUCAUUUGCUAAUAACGUUGACCCAUUUGAAUUAUAUUUUUUUUUUGUUUGAAUGUGUUCUUUCUGGUGUAUCUAGAAAGGACAGGGACUACUAUAAAAUAAAUAAAAAAGAAUUUUAUUGAUUUAUAUAAAGAA